UUUUGUAGUGUGCUAGCAGCUAGCGUGCUUUAUAUUUAUCCGCUACCAGUCUCGACAUGACCCGUUUUAUAAAUGCAGUAAUUUUACUUAUGGUUACAUUUUCAUGUAAUUUAAGUUUUUCUCAAGGUUAUAAAUGGGUAACAGUGAAGCCAGGAAGUCAAUUACCACCCAAAACUGUCCGUCUCGAUAACACUCAAUCAUAUGUUGGUCGAGCUUAUCAAUACAAUACCCUGCAGCCUGUAGAAGUUGUCAACAGUUCAUAUGCCAAAAUAUUCAAUACGUAUUCCAAAAAGUAUGACCGUAUUGAACAGUUUGAAGUUUUAACUGCUACAGAACAAUGUAACUGGGCUUAUUUUCCAAACGGAUUUUCCGAUUUUCAUGAAAAUUUAGUCCUUGUUGGAUAUGCAUGGAAUCGUGAGCCAAUUUAUAUGGGAAGCAGGGGCGCUGUUGCAUCUAUUCUCAUGACAUCACGUACCAUUAAGUCUGCGGGCAUCAGUGGAUAUUUAACUGUACUUGUUUGUAAUAACAAUGACACUUGGGUUGAUGCAACACCAUCACAGUCAAUUCCUAAAAAUGCAAUAUCUUUUGGAGGAAAUGGUGGUACCGUUGCUCGAUUCUUAGGUCCAUCAACUUACUUUCCAGCGUCUAUUGAAAAAGGUUCGAAGUAUUGCUCAACUUAUUAUAACCAAACGAAAAUUAAUUCGUUAUCGUGUCAAGUUUUAAUUGGAUCCUCAAAGGAAUACAGAUGGGAAAAACCAAAAGGUUUUGGAUAUUUUCCUGACAAUGCUGUGGUUGUUGGAAAGAAUGAAAAUAAUGAGAUAAUGUAUGUUGGAAGAGAUAAUGGAUUGCUAAUUCUAACCUUUUCAUUCUUUAUGAGAUAUCCAAAUUUUAGUUAUGAGAUUUUGGUUAAAAAUGUAUAG